ACCCCCUACACUGUGUCGUAAAAAGGCCACCAGGAGAUCUUAUAAAUACAGAGCAAAAGAUGUACACUGCCUACCACUGCCAUGUAUGGAUUAUGAACUGAAACCAACAACCUGGAAUAACAAGGAAUUGAAUAUCCCCUAAUAUCCCCUCGACACUUCCUAGGCACCAUGGUAGGAUUUAAGCCCUCAGACGUUCCCCCUCCCCUGGCCGUGAAGAUGAUUAGUGCGGGGGCAGCAGCCUGCGUCGGUGACCUCAUCACCUUCCCCCUGGACACAGCCAAAGUCAGACUCCAGAUUCAGGGUGAGCAGAAAGUGGAGGCAGCUAAGAACAUCCGCUACAGAGGGGUGUUUGGCACCAUGGCGACCAUGGUGAAGACAGAAGGCCCCAAGUCUCUGUACAACGGGCUGAUCGCCGGGCUGCAGAGGCAGGUCUGCUUCGCCUCCAUCAGGAUCGGACUGUACGAUAACGUCAAGAACUUCUACAACGGCGACAAAGAACAUGCCAGCAUUAUGAUCCGCAUCCUGGCGGGCUGCACCACCGGUGCCAUGGCGGUGUCCCUGGCCCAGCCCACGGACGUGGUGAAGGUGCGCUUCCAGGCCCAGAUGAACCUGAAAGGGGUGGCGCGGCGCUACAACGGCACCACGCAGGCCUACAAACACAUCUUCAUGAACGAGGGCCUCCGAGGGCUCUGGAAAGGAACACUUCCUAACAUCACCAGAAACGCGCUGGUCAACUGCACAGAGCUGGUGACCUACGACCUCAUCAAAGAAGCCAUCCUCAAACACAACCUGCUGUCAGACAACCUUCCUUGCCACUUUGUGUCUGCCUUCGGUGCGGGCUUUGUCACUACGGUGAUCGCGUCCCCGGUGGACGUGGUGAAGACCCGCUACAUGAACUCCCCUCCCGGUCAGUACAAGAGCGCCAUCAACUGCGCCUGGACCAUGAUGACCAAGGAAGGGCCGACUGCCUUCUACAAAGGAUUUGUGCCUUCGUUCCUUCGGCUGGGAUCAUGGAACGUGGUGAUGUUUGUGUCAUUCGAGCAGAUCAAGAGAGCCAUGAUGGCAACUAAGAAGAAGAUGGAUACACCCAGCUGAGCAUGAACUAAACACUCAGAACCCCCCAGCCUCGAUCUCAGUUUGGUUCCGACAUCUCUCGUCUUUUGGCUUUGGUUUUUUGUUGAAAGAAGUAAUAAUGUACCGUCCGCUUACAUCUUGAAAGUGAACUUACGUUUUAAUAGAAUUUGGUUAUACCCAUUUGUAUUUAUUACAUUGUUCUGGUCAUUAUGUGAGUAAAUACUUGCACUGGCAUUUACACAAACAUCUCACAAAUGGAACAGUUUGAAUACCUGUGAUGGAUCUAAUUUAGAGCAGCUUUUGCACCACCAAAAUUGAAAUUGUACCCAGCCCCCAAAGAAAUGUCCACAACAUGUAAAGCACUGUUUUUAUGUACAUUUAAAAGAUAUUUGAUAUAA